AUGUCGGAAGUGAGAGCUAUCGAAUUGCUUUUCGUUGUCUGUGAUGAUUGCAUUUGGGACGCCGAACCAGCAAAUGAUGUUUUUCCACACGAAGUGCUCGAUUUUAGCGGCGGUGAUCGUUGCAAAGGCUUCGGCUUUGACCCAUUUUGUGAAGUAGUCUACCGAGACGACUGCGAAUUUGAUUUGUCCCUUACCUUGGGGCAUCGGGCCGAUGAGAUCUAG